AUGGUUCCGACUGGAGCGCUAUCAUGUGAAUUGGUGGAGACAUCGGAGGGCUUUCAUAGUUCAGAAAAAAAUGCCGAGGUUAAAAACAUGUCCCUACUUUUGAAGAGGGCGAAGACCUGGGAAAUAUCGGAGUCUGAAGCUGAAAGCGACUCGGAGACCCAGGGCCGGCGUACGUGCGCCUGUAGCUCCGAGAGCCAAGAAAAAGUGCCACCAAGCGUUGACCAGACGAGCACUGAACAGACGGAGGACUGUAAUAAAAAUGUUGAGAUUCUGCCAGUUUGCACGGAGCAGGCAGGGGCGGACAAACGCCCGCUGGCACCCCCAGCCGCCGAUGGCCCUGGUACCCCGAGCCCCGGCAAGAGAAGACGGCGAACUCGGGAGGAGGUAGAAGCCGACAGAGUCCGUGCUGGGUGCGUGAGAGAAGCCAGGGAGCAGCUGAAGAAAGAAAGACUUCAGAUAAAAGAACAGAGAAAACUCGAGCAGCAGAGGAGAAAAGAGGCGGCCGAGCGACUCAAAUGCUACCGUCCCGAACAGUGUUUGAAAUACUUGACCGUCUGCAUAGAUCCAGCUGUCCUCCAGGAUGAGGGCUCUGACCUACUGCUGGGGACCGUGGAGGCUCUGGGAUGGAGGAUUAUCAUCGAGGAGCAGCCUGUUAGCCACAGCAUCAGCUGGAAGAGAGACCUGCCCCAGGUUGAGGAGGAUGAGGCGAGCCCAGUGACAGAGGAGCAGGUUCUGAUGGUGGUGACACUGAGUGAUUUCCUCGACAUGGUGGUGGCCAUUAAAAAGGGACAGGACAGGACUGGCGAAGAAGCCCCACCAGGCUCCUUGUAUACCCAGCUGUGUGAGUUUCUUGAGGGAGACCCAGAGAAGGUGGUCACGCUGGCAGUGAUUGGCCCCAACCCUAACAGCUGGACACUCCGGGGAAGAGAGAGAAGGGACAGGAGCAUGGGAUCAGACCUGGCACUGAAAGAGCUUGAUAUAGAAGAGGCACUGGUGUUCCUGCAGCUUCACAGGAACAUCUCUGUGAUGUUCCUGCCCAGUUGGGAUGAGCUCUGUGACCACAUGUGCGCUGUGACUAGGGCCCUGGCUAAACGCCCCUUCAAGCAGCUGACUGAGGGAGUGGAGCUGCCCUUCUGCCCAGACGGCGCGUGGGCAGGGGGGGUCCGCGUGGGGCAGGACGGCGCAGGGCUGCGCCAGGUGUGGACCAGGCAGAUCCAGCAGCUGAACCGGGUGAGCCCGGCCGUCGCGGCGGCCGUGUCUGCCGCCCACCCCUCGCCCCAGCAGCUGCUGAAGGCCUAUCGGGAGAAGGAUUCGGAGCGGGAGAGGAAGGCCCUCCUGUCGGAUCUCACCGUCAGGAACGGCGACCGGGCGAGGCGCGUGGGUCCCGAGAUCUCCAACAGGGUGUACCGCUACCUGCACGCAGACAACCCCCACCUCGUGCUGGACUGAGGAGGAGCGCGGCUGCUUCGAAUCCACGCGGGCGCCGCGGUUCCUGAAACAAAGUCUCUCCGAGGCUCCCGUGUCGAUCUCGUAGGCCGGCCCCUGUUCCAGACUCAAAAGGUGUUAAAGCAUCUGAUCAUCUCUCAUCUCUGGUCUAACUUCAGGAAACUGGAGGUAGCUUGUCUCGCCAGAUAACCCUGAGCUGUAAAAGUCCAUCUUAUUCUCUUCUGUUGAGGCAGCUCAGAUUACACCAGUGCCAGAGUGCCCCUCCCCCUCACUCUAAAACAAGGGGCACCCAAACAGGGUCAAUAGGUUUGUAUAGUUCUUUUCAUUCCCAACUGCUGCACAUAUAGGGGGGAAUGCAGUUCAUCCUCCACUGAAACAGCACUCACUUGGGGGACCAGCAGCAGCCAUUAUGCACUGAGUCAAGGGGGGGAACUUCUGAGAAGGUUGAUUGGACAAGCCCAGAGUGGCAUUUAGCCAGGACACCAGAGUAAAAACUCUCCUCUUACAAGUUCCCCAGUGGAACUCCGGCCAG